AUGUCGUACGGGAUAAGAUACUCUCCUGUGCAGUCUCCGUCUGCUUCAUCGGCUUUCAGAUCUUCCACGCCUCUCUCCUGGUCCUAUUCGGGAUUCAUCAGGAGGGAGGACGAUGUGGGUCCCGCGAGCAGCUCUAUGCCGUACAACUCCAGGGCCUGGAGUCAGAGCAACGGGGGGACGGGGGUGGAGGGGCUCAGGUUGGACGCGUUCAGAACCAAGUCAGGAGUCCAGCAUCUCCGGUCGCAGCACGAGACCCUGAUAGCGACAGACCGCAAGAUCCUCGAUGAGGCCCAGCAGAUGCGCUUCGUCAUGGAGCAGCGCGAGAUCGAGUACCGCAGGAGGUGGCAGGAGCCCAGGCAAGUCAUCCAGCAAGUGAGAGAUGAAGUGCGUCCGAGUCUGGGAGUCGUGCGAGAGAACCUCACGAAGGCGAUUCAGCAGAUCAACUCGACCAACCAGUCCAUGAAGAGCUCGAUUGAAAACCUCCUAAGGUUCGACAAGGAGUACGAUGAGGUCUACGGCGGCAAGCUCGCGUCUGCUCAUGCCUUCGCCGAGUACACCAGCUCCUUUCACGAUACCAGCAUGCUCAACGGCUCCAUGUACGGGAGAGGAGGAGAGUAUUUCUCAACAGGUCGAAGUGUGUUUACGGAAGCUUGAGGAGGAGUUCGUCCGCCAUUCCAGCUAGAACAAGCGAAGAUGUUCACAUUCAUUACAUGUCCUCUUGUUCCUC